AGGCCAAAAUAGAGGUACAACCAUCCCGGCGCGUAAUAUUUCCGAUUAGUUUCCGUUUGGAAUCGCACGCGGUAACAUCUCACGCGCGUAGUCUUGCCGUUGGUAGCUGUUCUGGCGGAUCACUGACUGGGUGGUUAAUUGCGGGUGCGAUACACACAGGUGGUUAAUAAUUCCUUCCACCAGCGAGUGAGACGGGCGCGGAUGGUUGGAAGUCAAGUGUCGCAUUUAUCACGUUGAUCUUUCGAGAGAGAGAGAAAGAGAUACCGCGCGAUACGUUUGAGUUGAUAUCAUUUGUUCAUCGUUCAAAGGAAGCUGAAACGAGUGUGGGAUGUUCUUGCUCUAAUCAGUGAAGUCUUUUGUACGGCGAUCUCCGCGUGCUUUGUGAUCAUCAUCAUCGUGCUGUGAUUAGCAACGGUCGUCGUCUGAGUGGAUUCGAAAAGACCAAUUCAGACGAGUAUUUAGCUUCAUAUACUGUCCUGCCAUUCACAGAAAAAAAAAGUUUCCUUUAAUUGAACGGAAGUUGAGUUAUGCCGGAUUGAAGAAUAACAAACUCUCCGACUGCACAGAUCAUCCCGGGAAUACCACCAUCGAUUCGUUGCCUAUGUACCGCUCUCGGCAUCAGCCACAACGAAAGGGGGCCGGACCGAAGUGAUUCCUAUUAUUAUUCAAAGUGCACAAAAUCUAUGCUGAGGUGUUUUCAUUGUAUCAUGAUUACGGCGGACUUUGCAUAAUUUUGCGUAAACUUUACAGCAUUGAAUCACUCGGACUGCACUUGUUCCGAGGCAGGUGAGGGCCGGUGAGUGUGUGUAUUGCAAAAAGUGAUAAUUUAAAUGAGACACACCAGCGACAGGCAAGGUGAUUUAUAAGCUGAAGUCAGCACUGCUUGGCCAUUAUCGGAGGAUUAACGAACAACCUCUCCGCUUCUGGAAGGAUACCCACAAUGUGCGCGAGUGCGGGUGCAGAAUUAUGAAGUUUUGCAGAGUCGUGGUGUGCAAUUGGUGGUCGGAGUGACGUGCUGAAAGGAGACUGUUGGUAACGUCUUUGGGACGAGUCGAAAUUUUCGAAACCGUGUAUAGCUACCGUGACGAUUGGUUUUGACUGGAACACGUAUUUGGGGGGUAUCCAAUAGGUCGACCAGAAUACUAAUUAACCGCUAAGUGUUUUAAUUUUAAACUGCGUCAACAACGACGAGCAUAAUGUCGUCAACCAGCUUGGAUGGCAUCAUCGGCGGUGAAAACCAUGAGCGGGACAGUUCAUCGCUAGAAACGACACCGACCACGACCACGGUUACGGUGGCCUUGACAGAGUCCACGUCCUCCAAGACCGGUAGUAACAGUAUGGAUGGGAGUAGUUUUACUACGAAUAAAGAGUUGAGUGCAUUGUCGGCUGAAGUAGAAGAUGGAAUUGGCAAGGCGAAAGGCGCCGUUGGGGCCGAGGAACAACAACAUUUGGAGAGCUUUCAUUGUGGAUGGUUCGAAGUGCGACCCCGGUGGAUUCAGUCGUUUAUGACCCCCAAGUGGGCAUUGUUUUGGCUCUGUUGGGCGGGGGCAGUGCAAGGACUCGUCGUCAAUGGUUUCAUCAACGUUGUCAUCACGACGAUCGAGCGACGGUUCGGUUUAAGAUCGACGCAGACCGGCCUGGUGGCCAGUGGGUACGAUAUCGCCUCGUUCCUGUGCCUGGUGCCGGUGUCGUACUUCGGUGGACGGUUGGGCGCAUCGAAGCCACGCUGGAUCGGCUGGGGCGUCGUGGUGAUGGGUCUCGGAGCGUUCGUGUUUGCCCUGCCGCACUUUCUGGUGGGCCAGUACCGGGCAACCUACUCGGAGCAGAAUGUUUGCCUUGCCCUGCCAGACGGUUUGGUCAAUGAUACCAGCAGCAGUGCCACCGCCGCCGCCGCCGCCCGACUACUGGGGGAGAGCUGCUCAUCGGCCAACGGUGGUUCCCCGAUGGACGGAACGGAGAAUCUCUCCUGGAAUGUUUGGUUUUUCUUCACCGCCCAGCUACUGCUGGGUGCCGGCGCAUCGCCACUGUACACCCUCGGGGUAACCUACAUCGACGAGAACGUCUCCAAGAAGAUGUCAUCUGUUUAUUUAGGCAUCUACUACACGAUGGCCGUCGUUGGUCCAGCUGCCGGUUACGUUAUUGGUGGUCAGCUACUGCUCUUCUACACCGACAUGUUCGUCGUGGAUUCCUCAACGCUCGGUCUAACGCCGCACAGCAAGGUUUGGGUCGGUGCCUGGUGGAUUGGAUUCGUUUUUAUGGCUGCCUUCUGUCUGCUGCUAGCGAUACCGAUACUGGCCUAUCCCCGCACGCUGCCCGGCUCGGAAAAGUUGGAAAAGGUUUCCGAAGCGCACCGGGGUGACACCGACAAGCAGAAGCAACCGUUUACGAAAAUCAAGGAAAUCCCCCGAGCCCUUGCAGCGCUGCUCAAGAAUCCGACGUUUUUCUUCCUGAAUCUGGCCGGGGCAUCGGAGGGACUGGUCAUAUCGGGCUUUGCGGUGUUCCUGCCGAAGCUGAUCGAGAACCAGUUCAGCGUGACGGCCGUGUGGUCGGCACUGUUGAUGGGCAUCAUCACGGUCCCGGCCGGUGGCGGUGGAACCUUCCUCGGAGGCUACCUCGUCAAGAAGCUAAACCUUUCCUGUUCCGGAAUCAUCCGCUUCUGCCUAUUUGCCACCAUUUUCGCAGCUCUGUUCACCAUCUGCUUCUUCCUGUCCUGUCCGAAUCUCACCUUCGCCGGUGUCACCGUUCCCUACUUUCCUCGGGAAAACCUCCGCACACCGGACGCCCGCGCUACGGAGCUAUUCUUCCUUCCGAAAACCCUGGACAACGCAUGCAACAGCAAGUGCAGCUGCAGCAAGAUGAACUACGAACCGGUUUGCGGUGCCGAUGAGGUGAUGUACUAUUCGCCAUGUCACGCGGGAUGUACCGAAGAAGUUACCCUGGGGAACACCAAGGUCUACAAGCACUGUACCUGUAUCAAUGCGACGUUCGGAGCAUUUGAACCGUACUCAGCGUACGACGCGGUGAAUACCAUGUGCGAUUCGAAAUGCAACCACCUGUGGAUUUUCGUGGCACUGUGCUUCCUGGUGAUGUUCUUCACCUUCCUGGCAACGAUGCCGGCUCUCUCUGCUACUCUCCGGUGUGUUCACGAUGAUCAGCGUUCAUUCGCGCUGGGGAUACAGUGGAUAAAGGUUCGGGUACUGGGCACGAUUCCGGCCCCGAUGAUUUUCGGUCGGCUGAUUGACGAAACGUGUAUCCUGUGGCAGGAGUCAUGCGAUGAUCACGGGGCUUGUCUGGUGUACGAUAAUGCGUUUAUGAGCAAGUACAUGCUCCUACUGGCCCUGGUAGGGAAAGCCUGUUCUAUUCUGUUCUUCUUCGGAGCUUGGUUCUACUACAUCCCUCCGAAGGCUAUGACGAACGGCGAAGACGAUUUUGCUAACAACAAGAAGCAACAGGUGAAUGGUGAUGCGCCAAACCACGUGGAAAAGUAUUAACCGAACGACGAAAAUGAACCAAUGAUAUUUGCUCUCACCUUCCCCUGAAACAGAAGGGGAGACUAACCUUGCGAAAAAAAAAACCAAAAUCAUAACCUAUAUGCUCAGUUCCAGUCAUUCCAAACACACUAGCCAUUAGAGAAAAAAAAACCAUUACUUAUAACGAUUUUACAAUUUUAUACUAAACAAACGCCAAAUAAUAACGAGCAGUCACCAUUAUCUGUACGCAAAUUUAGGAUCAAAGAAGCAACAAGUAUUAAAGUUAGAUUGUAAGCAAAUUUCCGAUUUAGUUGAUAGCAUCAUCUCUGUGCCGUACUCGAAUAGGUCUUCUGUUAUCUUGCUUUAGAUAGACUGAAAGUUUUAACUUAAUGUGUUAGUGCAUAAUAAUCUGCGGAAAUAUUAUCGUGUGCGUACUAUUCGAUGUUGUGCAAGAUAAAAGGUCUCAUUUUAUUCAAUUUAGGAAUAGUGUGGCAGAUCGACAGCAUUGAAACGGUGCUGAAAUCAUAAAUAUUCGUAAAUAUAUACUCGUUUUCUAAGUGGCAUUAUAAUAUAUAUAUAGUUUGUGGAAAUUAGAAAGAGCGAUGUAAGUGUAAUUAUAAUGGAACAUUUUGAACAAUAAACCGA